CGAGUGAGGUUGUGCCGCUGCAAACUCUCCAGGUUCUUCAAUUGAAAUCAAUAAUUUGCACAAAGUUUGGCCCAUUUUUGCAAACCUCAUUUUAAUUGUGACUGGAAUGAAAGAUUUGUAAAUUACAAUUUUAAAUUCGGUUCGAGUAUUUACUCAUAGAGGAAAGGUUUCACGUAUUCAAUAAUGCAUUCACGUAAGUUUUUGAACCAGUAUUUCAUGCAUACAUGAACGCUGUAUGAGCGAAUAGAUUCAGUCUUUGCAUUGCAAACCAAAGUGUUGAAUACAAAUUAAUUUGUGAUAUUAAUAGGCGGUUGCCCUGCUUCUUGCAUCGAGCAUGACUUCAACUUCAACGCUGCUUUGCUCGACGCUGGUGGUUGUGGCCGCACUAUGGCUGCCGACUGCCUCCUCAGAGCUCGCCAAGAUCCGCCAAGAGGGCGGCAUGCUGGUGACAUCAUCAACCCUUGCAUGGGUGAGCACCAAAGGGCAGAGGAUCCCCCAACACGCCGUCCCCGUGGAUGACAGCGACCCGUCCAAAGUUUGGUGUCGCGUCAUGCAGCACAGCGUAUACGUAUGCGGGACUUUGGAGGCCGGCGUGUGCACGGUUCCUUUCCUCAGCGCCGUCCACACACAGGACGAGAACGUCGAAGUUCUUGUGUCCCUGCACGGGUCGUCUCGGGUACUCAGGAUCAAGUGGGAUAAAUACAGAGCACCGCCGCCCAACUCCAUCGCAGCUGAGCAGCAGACGCUUCUCGCGAUGCACAUUUCCGAUGAUGGGCAGUCUUAUACCGGCUUCUUGAGGCCUAAGGAACGCAGAGCACAUAUUGUACAGGGCGACAAAGUCGUCAAGGAAGAGUCUGCUCUCGUGCUCGUUGAAGAUGAACCUCUGCGGUACGAACUACGCGACAUUGAGCUUCAUGAACAACGGACGACCGUCAAUGAAGAUGAAGUAGAAAAAACCGUUGUUACUUUAUCGAACCCCGGAGCUUCUCAGGAACGAAUAAUGGAAGCCACAGCGGUGACGGUGAGGCACUUGGUAUACUGGGGCCGCGUGAAGGGAACUCUGGCUGGUCGCAACGCCCUCGUGACCUCUCCUGAUGGCGACCAGCAACUCCUGGUGUGGGGCGACCAGAAUGAGCUGGACCGAGCGCACCAGGUCGAGCUGGAGGCAGAUUUACCUCCUGGGACUGGGUGUACCGCUCGCGUCGUCGCAGUGAUACAAAAAACUGAGGCUCAAUACAACGGCAAGUUGAUAUCCAUCUACUCAGACGGCGGCCGCCUCACGCGUACUAUACAAGGACUCCACAUGGACCAACGCUUGCUAGAACUUAAAGCAAUUUAUUCCCCUCCUUACUACUUACAUAACAUGACCGAACUAAACUUACCAUCCGUCACACAACUUUUGUACAAAUCCACGACCACAACAACUACCACCACAACCACGACAACCACAACUACCACAACAACCACAUCAACCACUCAAUCCCCAGUAGCCGAACUCUCGCGAGAAGCGGAUGUGCAGGAGAUCGCUGUUCUUCAAAGCGUAGCCUCAAGUGGCCGCACAAUGAACUCGAGGAAUGCGUUCUACAGCGUUGCUCGGCUGCUCCUGUGCUCACUCAUCUUCUUAAGAUACUCAAGUACGAGGCACAAUUAAAGCGAUGUGUAAAGAACUCUUUAUUUGAAUCGCCAGGUUCAGCCGUCAUGAGGUGCUAGUGUUGGAAUUUAUUGUGGCUGUGACCGAACAUAUUCCAAGAGCACAAGCUGUUAACCAAGUACACGUAUUAGCAAAAAAAUUUUAACUCAGCACUCGCUGCAGUGAGUGACAGAGGGCGCAUUUUCUCGUCGACGAAAACGUGAAGUCAGAGACAGACGAACGGAUGACGGACAGACAUUCGGACCUAACGAGCACAAAAGCGCCUUUUUUCCAUAAAUGAGAAAAUGAUCUAAAAAUGCUAAAUGAUUUCCCGGUCAUUUAUAUAUUACCUCGAAGUAUUUAGAUCUCUUUGGCAGGUUUUAAGCCCUAUGAAGGGAACGUAGUUCGAAGUCGUUAGAUAAAUAUUUUUCGUAUAAGAAUACUUGUUAAUAGUUAUCUUUACUUGCGUUCAGCAGCACAGACCGCAGUAGCCUACAAGAACGCUUGCCCUCACCGCGGAUCUGUUCAAGUGCCUCGCUCCCUCCGCACUCUCCCAAGUUGGCCAAUUAGACGGCUAAAAUUUAACAUUACAGCUUUCGUGAUUAAUUAACGUAACGCGUUCAAGUGAUGAUAUAAUGCAAUAAUAUUUGGACCUUGAAUAUAUCCAUAGAAUUUUAAUUAGCGUUCGUGAUUAAUUGACGUAACGCAUUCAAGUCAUGAUACAAAGCAAUAAUAUUUGAACCUUGGAUAUAUCAUUAGAACUUCCACGAAUUAAUUAUUAAAAAGGUUUAUUCGGGAAAAAUUAAUUAUUGGAUCUAUUAUGAUGAGUUAAAAAUGCCUAUAGGUGUAAUAGGCGUAAUAAACCAUCCACAAUUUUUAAAUGUAAACGUUGCGCAAUGCUGAAUGUCACAUUUUAUAAACUACCAAUAUGUUAUAACGCAAACAUUGCAGUAAAAAGUUAGAAUAAAACCAAACGAUAAAUAUUCAAAGAGAAUGAAUUCACCGUUCCACAAUAUGUUUCGAAUCAUCCGUGAUGUUACGAUGGCACAAUAUUAUAUACCGUUCCUAAGCGCAAGAAAAUAUUUUUUUAAUCAAUAAUGUAAGGCUGUUUUGGUCAGUUUAACGAAGGUUCAUUCAUGUCUGCAUAUCAUAGUGAUCUAAACUAUGGUGCAUUCAUUAGGAAAUGAAUCCACCUCCUUCUUUUAGUGCCGAUAUAAAAGAUGAAAAAGUUAACUAUUUCAUCACAUAUGUAUACGAGAUAAUUUACGUAAACAAUUAUCCCCAUAAAAAGAGAGCAAAUGGAAAAGUUCGAGUCAUCUGUGCGGGAGGCUGCGGUCGUUCACGGCUCACGGCUGAUGACGAGACGAAGCAACUGAAGCUCAAUGAUCUCUAGAGUUCGCUCUGAGAGCCAGCUGUCAACGCUGAACAGAGCGCGCUGCAGUUCAGCGUUGCUCGCUAGGAAGCUUCUGUUUCCAAGAGCGCUGCAGUUCAGCGUUGCUCGCUAAUGAAGCUUCUGUUUCCUAGCGCGCUGCAGUUCAGCGUUGCGCGCUAUGAAGCUUUUGUUUCCUAGCGCGCUGCAGUUCAGCGUUGCGCGCUAUGAAGCUUUUGUUUCCUUGCGCGCUGCAGUUCAGCGCUUUCAUUUCUGUCCUUCAAUCAAAUCAGUUCGAGGUAUACGAUCUGUUUUUUCGAUGCUGGCUGCCCAUUGGAAAAAUAAAGAAAAUCUUAUAUGCAAUAUUGAUUGCAUAGAUUAUUAUCGGGAUUCAGGUCGAUAUUUUCAACAUUUUUUUCAAUACUAUGACAAUUGACAAGUAUCUCAACAUGUUUGGAUAAAUUAAUUUAUGAUGGCUCAUAGAAUUAUUCUACGACUAGUACAAUCGGUGUCACUCCCUAUCCGUCAAAAAAUUUACGAGAUUAAGCUAGUACAUUCUUCUAUGUCUCAAUAAACACUGGUGAUUUUCCAUCAAGUGCAAACUCAUCGCAUGCGAGUAUAUAACCUAAAUGCCGAUUCUUUUGAGAAAUGCUCAAAUGCGUCAAGAAAAUUUUAUUCUUCCACUUUAGCAUCAAACCCAAUUAGUUAAAUUAGUUUGGCAAUUUUGGUGCUGCUUCAGUAUAAAUAACACAUUAUCGUGAUUAGGUUAAUUGUGUUGACAAAUUGUUAUAGAAUGGAUCGAUAAACUUUUUCGUACGUAUUCUAUGAAAACCAUUCAAUCUAAAAAAAAUUCUCGAUUUUCAUCCGAAAAUUUGAAAAAAAUUCACUCAAAAAUCCCGAUCAAAAUUUAAAGUUCGUAAAGCUUCAAACGGAGCUCAAAAAUGAAUUUUUCAUCUCGCAGCUCGAAAGCCUUUAAAAUCAAGCUGCUAUUUUCAAGUAACCAAACGAUUUGAUCCAGUACAAAAUAAGACAGCAAGUUGUUAUAGUUUUCUUCGAGUUUUUAAGUUAAGGUUGCUGGAUUAUUCGCCAUUAAUCACAUAUUUAAGAAAAAAAUUCUUUAUGCGUGAUGUGGGAAAAGUUGCGAGUCACGUAAAAUUAUUUAGAAGAUAUAUCGUUGUGCUGUAUUGUUCUGUAUUUAGGAUACCUUCUCGAUGCAGGGCAGGGAAAUUGUUACAGAUAUUAUGUAUCAUGUAAAAUCGUUAAUUUUAAAUCUCCGUAACAGCCUGCGGUUUAUCAAUUAAGCAACGUAAUUUUUGUGAACACUUAGAUAGUCAGAUUAGUAUGGAUGUUUGUUGUUGUUGUUAUAUUAUAAGUAGUUGUUUGUUGAGUGAAUAGCGUGAGUUGAAUGCAACAAGAUUUAUUCGUAUAAAGUGAAGAUGUCGUCGAGGAAAUGUAAUAAAUUUGUAUCAAUAAUUU